AUGUGCUCCUUUUGGUGUCUUAUUGUCACAUCCUCCCCUCCUCCCCUCAUCCCUCCCUCCCCCCUUUCUCGGUUCCUCUUAGAAGCGCCGACCAUUUGCUAUUGCGGCCACAAUCUUCUGUUAUUGUCACAUGGGGUGGGGCAGUACACUCAGCUGGGAACCACACUAGACGACGCCAUGGGUGAGAGAGUUGGACGAGGUGCUGUGCUGUUAUUGUCACAUGGCGUGGGGCAGUACACUCAGCUGGGAACAACUCUGGACGGCGCCAUGGGUGAGCACGACUUCUGGGGUUGGACCUGUCGGGGCCGGGAGGGGGGAGGGGCAGCGGUUGAGGCGCUGGCGAGAGAAGGGAACAGAGAGAGAUUCAAGUUCACUGUGCUGCUAGCGUGUGUCAAGAGUUGUGACCGCUCCGUCUCAGGCAUCAAGGCCAACGUGGCACGCUGCAUGUCUCCUCUGUCCGUGUAUCCCCGCAUGCUCCUUGUUCCUCCCCUGCCCGCACCCAUCCAGGCAAACCUGGCUCGCUGCAUGUUUCCCCUGUCCGUGCCUUCCCUCGUUCUUCUCCUUCCUCUCGCCUCAUCCUCCCUCUACCCACCCAUUCAGGUGCCGCUAGCGCGUGUAAAGAGCUGUGAUUUCUCAUUUUCGGGUUUGAAAGCCAAUGUGGCACGCUGCAUACAAAAGGAAGCACCUGAGCAGGAGAUGCCGAUGCUGCAUCUGCAGUCGAGAGUGCAGCGAGCCAUUCACGUGUGUGAGAGGGAGAGCCAUUCACAUGCCAUUCGAGAAGUCUCACAAGUCGCCUCUCCCCCCCCUCUAUUGCUUCCUCUUUCCCUUGGUUCGGUGAGCGAGCAGGAGGUGGCAGUGCUGCAUCUGCAGUCGAGAGUGCAGCGAGCCAUGAAGGGGUUUGUCUUGAUUCUAUUCGAACAUCCAUUCCCCUUCAAAAGUGGUGGCCCUUCUCCCCUGCUUCCCUUAAUUCGGGGGAGUGGCGUCCAACCAAGUCGUCCGCAUGCGGAUAGCAGCAGUCUGCGAGCAGUUGGGGGUGAGUCUCGUGUGCCCUCCGCCCCGCCUCUCUCACUCCUCCCUUCUUGUGCGUUCUUCGCUCUUCCCUCCCACCUCCCCACCAAUCAGGUGAUGGCAGGGGGAGUGGCGUCCAACCAGGUUGUCCGCACGCGGAUUGCAGCAGUCUGUGAGCAGUCGGGUUUGAGGCUCGUGUGCCCUCCGCCCCGCCUCUGCACCGAUAAUGGUGAGUUUGGAGGGAGGGAGAGGGGGGGAGAGAAGGAAGGGAGGCUUUUGUGUUGA